AUGAUAAGCGGUGGUCCUGCCCAGGCUUCAGAAACUCGUCAAUGCGAAGUUGAAUUGUUCGUCAUUCGGGUUCAACAUGAGUUCACCAAAAAAGCUGUUUUGCCUCCAUUGGGUGUGUGGAAACGUGUCUUGGAUCAUGGCUCAUUCCGGUUUGCCUCGUUGGAUGUGACCAUCAAGCGUCGUGGGCUGUUCGGAAUUGAACGUGCGGUGUCCUAUGGCAUACAUACAUGUGUUCUGAGCAAGCAAGGUCAUCUGGUCAUCUAUACGGACAAUUGGAAGCACGAGGGCUUCACCGUUAAUCUGAGCAAGGCUGCAAGAGCGGAAUUCAAAUGCAAAACUCAGAAGGUAAAAAUUUGGAAAGUAAAUACAAUUAAAAGUUGUAAUAUUUCCUUUUAA